GGGGAAUUCCAUUUCUAUUUGGUCGUUGCAAAUUGAGAGCCGCCACCAAAUUCAGAGCUCAAUAAAUGGACGGUACCUUCAUUUCAAUCUUUCUCAUCAACAAAUACUCUCUCUCUCUCUCUCUCUCUCUCUCUCUCUCUCUCUCUCUCUCUCUUCAUUUCAUUUCUCUCUCUCAUUUGUCUUUCUUCUUGUACGAUCCACUUGAUCAAAAUAAAUUGUUACCAUCAUUCUAAUUCCAAACUAUGGACGCUGCUAACAACCGUAAUUGUGCAAAUGCUUCAAAUCCUUACCAUCAAUGCACACAAGCUUGCUCCCAAAAAGGAACAAAGCCACACCACACUGCUACUACUACUAAUGCCCGAAAGACUAUUACUACUACUGCUUCUAAUGGCCGAAGAAGCAACAACAUAGCAACAACAACAACAAAUGGUGAAAGACAAUCAACAGUAGUUGCAGGUUGUGCUAAAGCAUCUAAUCCUUAUCAUAAGUGUGAUGCCAAUUGCAACAAAACUUCUUCAUCCAAUUCAGGUGCCACUCCUCAUUCCAAGAUUGAUCAUAGGCAAAAAAGGCCAGGUUCUAAGCCAGUACCUCCUGUUCUUAACAGUGUUCCAGCAACAAAUAAUAUCUCCAAUGCUUCAUCUACAAAACAAAAUUAUUCUGAGAACAAAAAGAAGAUAGACCAAAAAAACAAUGUGAUCAUUCCUUCUUCUGGACCAAUUUCUGGUCAAUUACACAUCCCAGAUGUUGAGGCUAAAGACAAAGUUAAGGAUGGCGUUACUGAGGCCGUCUCCAAUCAGAAAGAAACAAAUAAAGAGGACAAAAUUACUUCUUCUGAUGAAAUUGUUGCAGUCACCAAUUCUGAUGAAACUAGUAAAGGUGGUUCCAAAGAUUUUAGUUUCUCGGGCACUCCCCUUCCCGGUCACAAGAAAGACGUAGAUUCUAGCAGUGAAGAUGAAGCAGAUAGUGUGAGUGUGAUAUCUGAAUCCCGUAUUUCAAUUGGAAAGUACAAUGUCAAAGAAAGUUUUGGUAACAUCCUGCAAACAAUACUUGAUAAGUAUGGGGAUAUAGGUGCAAGCUGUGAUUUGGAAUCAGUUGUAAUGCGUUCCUAUUACAUGGAAUGUGUAUGUUUUGUGGUCCAAGAAUUACAAUCUUCUUCUGAUUCAAUAAGUAAGUCUAAAGUGAAUGAAUUGUUGGAUAUUGUUAAGGAUGUUGAAUCCGCUCAUCUUCGUGUAGCAUGGCUGCGUAACGCACUUGAUGAAAUAGUUGAAAAUAUUGAACUGAUUAAUCAGCAGCAGGAUAUGGAGAAUGAAAAGGCAAACUAUGAUCGUGAAAUCGAAUCAUUGAAAGAACAGCUAGAAUUGAAUUUGGAAACAUUGGCUCAGAAAGAACAAGAGGUUGCUGAAAUUAAUACAAGAAUUCCUGAAAUCAGAGAUCGUUUGAGCAAGCUUGAGCAGCUCGUGUCUUCUGCAUUAGUCGAUUGUCAAACCACGCUACCUAUCAAGAGCAAGAUAGAUCAACUAUUAUAAUAAUAAUAAUAAUAAUAAUAAUCAAACUUGCUUUUAUUCUUUCUUUUUUUGAGGUUUACAACUGCUUAUCUAAUAGGUUACUCAAUAAAAUUUGAUGCAAGAAACAUGAACUUCUAUUUUGUUAAUUUAAUUUCACUUAUACCAAUAGUAUAAUAUUUUGUUCAUAAUGUUGCCAUCAUUUGUAGGAGCCGGAAACUUUCUAUCUCUGUAUACACGUUUGAUCGGUUUUAUAACUUUUAUAUAUGAUUUGUAUAAUUGGUAGACAUUCUAGAUGAAUUCAUGUAUUGAAAGUUUUUCUAUAUACAUUUAUUUAGAAAAAUAAUGAAUAACAUGUCAUUUAUUGGA